UUGCACGAACCUUGAAAACAACCGUGAAAGUGAUGCUGACUUAAUUGAUGGAAAGAAGGCUGCAGUGAGAUCAAUGGUAGACCGGCGGUCCACACGGUGGGAGACAGCGAUCCUCGUCUUUGUUCCUCCCGCAGAUGACAAACCUCACCGGCGCGGGGGAGGCGACGGCAGCAAGUGACUGGCGAGUUACCGUUCCUUGCCGUCCAUGCUCCCUCCUUUGCUACAGUCGCGCGGCGAACUCUCCCCAUCAUCCUCCCAACCCCCUCCUCCCCCAACCGCUCCACUUUCCUUUCAUCGCCGACGAUCUGCGCGGCUGGGUCUCCCCCGCCUCUUGCACGUGCGUUAGGCGCUGCCGUCGACGUGGGCUGCUUGCCAUCCAUCUUCACAACGCCGCCGCGCAACGGGACGGUGGGCAGCAAGGGUCUGGGAGUGGUCAAGGUCCUUGAUGACCACAGCUGGGUCUGGGGUGUGUUCGACUUUGGGCGUCCGACCAUCUCCUUGUCGCACGGCCACCGUGUCCCGGUACCCACGGCAGUGCGUGGGAGCAAGCUGGCGUCAGCAGAACAAGUGUACAGGAACACGCCCCGGUAAGGUGUCGUGCACAGGUGGAGGGACGGAGGCAACCAGACCCUUUGCUACCCGGGGUGCUUGCUGCACUUACCAGCAUCUUGUGUGAGCUGCUGAUCAUCGCUAGGCUUAUCAAGUGCCUUGGGGUUUGCUGGGACUUGACUCCACUAUGGCGGUGUCGUGGCAGUGCUGGCCCCUGGUGGUGUUAGGGGUGGUGGCGCUGCACGCGUCCACGUGCUUGGGGACCUACGAACACACGUGCACGCUGUCCACGCGGUCACGAGGCGUCCAUCCGCAAGGCAUCUGCGGCAAGAACCUACCCAAGAUCCUCAGCGACAUCUGCGGGCCCGGGGGGUACAUGGGCCGGUGGUUAAGCAAGCGAGAGGCGCCCACAGAUGCAAGUGUGGAGCUGAGGGAAGAGACAGAGUCCAUUGCUAGUCGACUAAAAGAUAUCCUUUUAGGAAAAAGAGAAGCAUUAUCUUACCUGCACAAGCGGCAAGCCGGCUACGGUUCACAAGGAAUCACAUGUGAAUGUUGCUACAAUGCGUGUAAUAUUUACGAACUCCUGGAGUACUGUCAGUACAACAAGUGAUCAGUUCUUCACACGAUCGCCGGCCUCAACCUUCCACAGCCUCUGUGACAUUGUUGACUUCACAAACAUUUGCUAUUUUUGUGUGAUUAGAUACUUUGGUUUCUCCAAGGGUGGGGUGGGGGAAAUGUUCAUCACCAAGCGCCACAUCAAAGCCUCUUUCUCGUUCUGCCUCAAUAUAAAUGAACAAAGAAUAAAACAUAGUUUACAAAUGACAAAAUGACUUUUGACUUCUAAAUAAAUUUCGACCUCCAUUUUUUUUUGGAACUUUGAUUUAUCUUGACUUUUAUGUUGACACUUCUGUGUGGUAGGAUAUGUUCACAUGCAUUCAUAUUUAAACUUGGUAUAUUCAUAAACAGAUUACAUAAUUAAUUUGAAGUGAACUUCUUAUAGAAACAAUCUUGCAGAACUUACAAGGCCGUUAAUGUUAAAAAAAAAAAAACUAUUAUCGUGAUGAAUGGCGGAUUCAACUAUUGAAACUGUAACAGUGGUUUCAUGUGUUGCCUUGAAAAGUAGAGUCCGCUUACAAGAAAUGGAAAGAAAGUGUGCUUUUCUCAUCCCUUCGCAUGGAAUAAAGCUUAAUAUAGAGCUGGUGAGAUGUACCUGAACAACAUCAAUGAAGUAGUCAAUGAUGUAAAGGUAACUACUGGAUGAAGCUGAUGCCGUCGGUAUUACCGUAAGACCUUUACAGUCUGUAUUUUUUGUAUGUCCUUCUUACUUUCUGUCUGAUGCUAACUCCUGCCAAAUCCUGCAAAGCUUUAGAACCGAGCUUUGAAUGGAUUCCUUCCUGCAAUUUUAGAGAAGAAGAGGGAAAAGUCACCCCAUUCUGACUCAUGAAUAAAGAGAUCUCUGGCGCAAAAAAAAAACAAACAAAAAAAAACAACAGUUUUGAGAAUCACUAGCCUUGAAGACACUGAUUAGCAAAGGUGCUUACCUGCGGGCUGAACUGAGGUAUCCUGUUCAUUGUCCCAGUCCAUCGUGCUUUGCGGCCUUCAUCUGAACUCAUCACGCGAGGCUGUCGUCAGUCAUCUCUCAGCAAGAGACUUUCGGCGUCCUCUCAUCACUGUUCUUCCCUUCAAUAAACUUCUUUGCCAGUCUUGAGGCACUUGCCGGUAGCUUCGAUUCUGUCUCAGACCUUGCAACACGUCUACUUAUUAUUAUCAUUAUUAUUAUUAUCAUUAUUAAUGAAACUCAGUAUCUAACAGUCUGUGGGGGGAUGGGGACAAAGCUGGGUUCACUAAAAGAAGCGAGCCCUGAACAUGAAAAAUAUUCUGGUAUACGGGAAGCAAAGACAAUAGUGUUUCGUCUAUAGAUAAAAAUGGUAAAAAUUGAUGUUGCAAUAAAAGGAAUAUUUUACGCUUCGAGAAAGAUCGUACCAUGAGUACUCGCUAAUUUGUUUUUUAAAUGUUGCUCACAUAAAAUGAUCGAUCAGUGCUGGCAAAUCGUGUUUUGUUCUGAUCACUUGAUUAAAAUAUCCUGCGGCAGCUUCUAUAGUCCUACUCCUUUUUUCAGGAGUUGUUUUUCCCAGUCGAGGACAAAGUGGGCGAGUGAGUGAAUGAACGAGUAUGUGAAUGUGUGUGCGUGCGUGUUCAGAGAGUGAAUGGAUGGCACUGAAACAUUUGUA